UGUCAUGUCAUUCUACUGUCGUCUGUCAUUUUACAAUCAGGUGUGGUGAAACGAUCGAAUUUGAGAGGGGUUUUGGAUAUUUUCAUAGCGUAAAUUACUAAAUUUACGUGAAUUACGAUGGCUUCAGCUUCUAGGCGUUCCCUUGGACAACUACUUCAACAGGGGUGGCAUGAAAUCCCCGAGAUAUUGGCCUCAACAGGCUUAGCGCUCGCGGGUAUUGGUAUGGCUACAGUAGGAUGCUACAAUUACGCAAAAAUGGACGGGGACAACAGAAGAUACAAGAGUACAUACGUUGUGUUGAGGCCAGAUGACCCAAAAGCCAAAUUAAUACGUAAAGAUUAAUACUGGUUUGUGUAAAUAAAAUCCUACAGUUGUGAAAUGUUAGUUCCAAAUAUUAUGUAAUAAAGUUCAGUGCUAUCA